AUGUCCCACAAGCGCCACCGCUGCCUUCUCCUCACUUUCGACGCUUUUGCAACUCUCUUCCAUCCUCGUCGUCCAGUUCCAGAGUUGUACUCUUCAGUAGCGUGUGCCUUUGGAUUACCCAAAGCGGUCGUAGCGCCUGCCAAUCUGCAGGCGGCUUUCAAGAACGCCUACAAAGCACAAAGCACUGUAUAUCCAAACUACGGUCGUGACAAAGUGCUCCGUGGGGAAUAUGGAGGGCCAACGCAAUGGUGGGCCGAUGUGCUUAGGGCAACAUUUGCAGAAGCUCUGGGCAAACAAGAUGCGGAUCUGCCUGGUGGGAUGAUUGACAGAUUACUAGGCACUUUUGCUAGUCAAGAGGGGUAUUCUUUAUAUGAUGAUGUCCGACCAUGUUUUGACGGACUGAGAGAUUUUAAGAAAGAAAAUGCCCUUUUCGAUUCCAUUGUCACAGGUGUUAUAUCGAACUCGGACGACCGGGUCCCUGCCGUCUUGAAAUCCCUAGGUCUGUCGGUGGGUAAUACGCGCGCUGAUAUAGAUCGUUCCAGUACUCAGCUCCCAGGCUUUGAAGAGACUGUUGGGCAGAUCUUGGGAAAUGAUGCACCAAACAAAAGCGAUCUCAAUAUGGUAAUUACAAGCUACGAGGCUGGCGAGGAGAAGCCGAACCGUCUGAUCUUCGAUGUUGCAGUACGGCAGGCUAUGCGCUUUUUGGUUCACGCCAGUUCUAUCACUAAAGACGACGCUGACAACGUGGAAUGGACACUUAUACAUGUUGGAGAUGACCUUGCAAAAGACCACCAAGGCGCCAUCGACGCUGGGUGGCAUGGCAUUCUGUUGGAUCGCAACAUGACGCUCUCUGAAAGUCCCAAGGAUGUGACAAUAAUUCAUUCGUUAGAAGCGCUUAUCCCUGAGAUAAAGCGGUACAAACCAAAUUGA